CGUACCUCAAAAACAAUGGAGAUUCCUUCUCUUAAUAAGCAGCAAGAGUUCACUCUCGCCUCCGUCACUGAUCUCACUUCUCCUGACUCAUCUCUUUCGUCAUCGUCUGUUGUAGCUACGUUUUCAUGUGUUAAUGAAGUCAAGGAACUCCGAUUUCAGGAAUCUGAAUCGUCCGAUUGUUUCAGUUUUGAUCUUAGUUCGACUCAGUUGUUCAAGCUGGGGCAGCUUCAGUUCAUUUGUGUAGCUGAUAGUUCAGGCUCUGCAAUGGAGAAAUCCUCAUUCUGUCGAGGAGUUGUAAUAAAAUUUAGAGAUGAGAAGGAAAGCAAGGACUUUUGUGAUUCAUUUGAGGAAUGUAAAAAGGAUUCUGUUAAACAAGGAUCAUCCGUGCCGAACGGAACUGUUGUUUCAGCUAAUAAAAGCAAGUUCGAUGAUAAGAUAGAGGCUGCUUCAGCCAAAAUGUAUUUCCAUUAUUAUGGACAACUUUUACAUCAGCAAAAUAUGCUGCAGGAUUAUGUGAGGACAGGUACAUAUCAUGCUGCAGUCAUGGAGAACCGUUCAGAUUUUUCUGGCCGUGUUGUUGUCGAUGUAGGCGCUGGAAGUGGAAUUUUGUCAUUGUUUGCUGCACUGGCUGGUGCCAAGCAUGUGUAUGCUGUGGAAGCGUCAGAAAUGGCUGAAUAUGCCCGUAAGCUGAUUGCUGGAAACCCAUUACUUGCUGAACGGAUCACAGUCAUCAAGGGAAAAAUUGAGGAUAUUGAGUUGCCCGAGAAGGCCGAUGUUUUGAUCUCUGAACCAAUGGGCACCCUAUUGGUCAAUGAGAGGAUGUUGGAAACAUAUGUUAUUGCUAGGGACCGCUUUCUGUCUCCAAACGGAAAAAUGUUUCCGACAGUUGGAAGGAUCCACAUGGCACCUUUCGCCGAUGAAUUCUUAUUUGUUGAAAUGGCAAAUAAGGCUUUGUUUUGGCAGCAACAGAACUAUUAUGGCGUUGAUUUGACACCUCUAUAUGUAUCAGCCCACCAGGGUUAUUUUUCCCAGCCCGUGGUUGAAGAACAAUUUUACGAGAUUGAUAUCCCGUUGAAGUUCACUGCGUCUGUGUGUACCAGAAUUCAUGGACUUGCGUGCUGGUUCGAUGUUCUCUUUGACGGGAGCACGGUGCAAAGAUGGUUCACGACUGCUCCUGGUGCACCAACAACCCAUUGGUACCAAAUAAGAUGUGUUCUCUCGCAGCCUAUUCAUGUCAUGGCAGGGCAAGAGAUCACUGGUAGACUUCAUUUGGUUGCCCACAGUGCUCAGAGUUAUACUAUAAAUCUAACUCUCUCAGCUAAAAUGUGGGGACCCGGUGCCAAUCAAGGUGGAAUCCUCCAGACAUCAUCAUGCAAACUCGAUCUAAAGGAACCCUAUUAUAGAAUGUCUCAGCCACAAGUUUACCCUACACAAGAACCACCAGCUCAGUCGCAAGACAUACAUAUACAUAGCGAUGACUUGGAAGAAGUAGAGUUACUACAACAAACCGCAAACGCUCAGCUCUAGAACUAGUAGAACUAGAAUUGCUUCUGUCCAUGCCUUUGUACUUUGUGUUUGCUUUCUACGAUUUAGCUCUAAUUUUCAAACAUUAAACCUUGCGUAUUAGU